AUGUUAAACCCCCCAUCACAGCCCUCAGCAGCCUCAGAAUCCCUCAAACUCCUAAAUUCCCCUGGUCAAGACUCCUCAUCUCAUAAAAUCACUUCAACCGAAGUCUAUGCUCUAUCACUUCUAGCAAUUAACAACUCGAUGACUUUCUGGAUGGCCUAUAUCGUGGUCUACAUUAACCCAGGAGAUACUCCCUACACAAGCAUGGAAGUUGACCUUGAGCUCACUGAGACGCAGUACGGACUCCUUUCAGGAGUCACGUACUUCUUACUAAGUGCGCUGUUUUCCAUCUUCCUAGGAGCCUUGGUAGAUAAGUACUCAAGGAAAUGGACUCUAGUAGUCGCAGCCUUCCUGUGGUCAGGGCUGGUUGUAGCUCAAAGUUUCGCAACUAAUUUCACAACCAUAAUAAUUCCGAGAAUCAUGAUGGAGAUUGCCCUUACUGCUUCGAAUGCAAGCGCCCUCAGUUUAAUCAGUGAUUAUUUCAGUGCUGAAUAUAGGGGCAGAGCAUGAAGUUUGUAUGAAUUCGGCGUCUAUGUUGGCAUUGGCCUCAGCUCUUUUAGUAUUGUGCUAGCCAAACUGACUGGGUGGAGGAAUACACUCAGGAUUUGUGGAGGAGUCGGUGCAUUUGUUGCAUUCCUAACUUUGUUCAUUAAAGAACCGCAAAGAGGCAAGUUCAAUUCUCUCCAAGAUAAUAAAGAAAUAGAAGAUAUCUCAAAAUCGCUCUCUCAGAUUGAGAAAUUUAAGACAAGUUUGAAAAUUAUAUUUACAAAUAAAGUUUGAAUUCUUCUGUGCUUGUCAAAUAUUGUGAGAUACUUUGGAAGCUCAGCCAUUGGAUUUUGGUCAGUUAAGUUUUUCAAAAGCAAGUUUCCUGAUUAUCAAUCAGAAUAUUCUAUCAUCAAUGGAGUCAGUGUAAUCACAAUCAAUCUGAUUUCAUUGUAUGUGGGAGGAGCCAUAGGGGAUUAUUAUGAACAGAAAACCCCUGCUGCAAAAUCGUAUAUCAUUGCAAUUGGAGCUUUGAUUUCAUUCCCAUUCUUACUGGUGGCAUUUAAAUUCUCAAACAACUUCUGGCUCUCAGUGUCACUUUUCAUGUUCAGCUUCUUAUUCUCUGAAUCAUGGAGAGGUAUUGUGUUCUCGAUGCUACAGAAUGUGUUUCCAUCCCAACUGAUAGGAUCAGCUUUUGCAGUAUUUCAAGUGAGCGGAGGAAUUACUGGGGCAUCCUCGAGCCUCUUGCUUGGAAUUCUCAGUGAUAAGUACAAUGCUGCUGAGAAUCCAACUGCAGCUGGGAACUUGCUUACCAUUGUUGUUGGGUCUGCCUACAUUGGAUCUGCUCCCCUGUUUCUACUUUCAGGUUAUUUCUAUGGUAAAUAUCAGUUUUCACAAUGUUAA